AAGAAAUUUGCUAAAAAUUGGGAAAUACCAAAAGAAUUUGGAUUUGAAGAACAUGAAGUGACAGAAAAUGUGUUGUUGGAAUUAAAAACAGAUGAACUUUAUAAAGCAGGUUUACCACUUUUGGUUGCAAAAAAGUUUGAAACCUCUAUUAAGGAUCUUAUUGAACUAAUGACUUUUUGUAUUCAAGUCUAUUAUGAUGAAGGUGUAAAGUUUGAAAAAUAUACAAUGUAUAAUGAUGAUGAAUUUCAUGACUUUUUGAAAACAAUUAAAGUAAAGAGAUUGGAAUCUAUUGAUGAUAAUAGUAAGACUACAAAGUUACCUGGCCAAAAAGUUGAAGAUCAGGAUCAGGCAAUAGAACAAAAAACAUUAUUGGCU